CCGGGCAGAACAGGACUUAAAGGAGACGAGGAUGGAGCUGGAAGAGAAGCUGGACUCCAACCGUGAGAUGGACAGGAUGUUGAUGGAGAGACAGGCCAUGCUGCAGCAGAGCUCCAACAGGAUCACAGAGCUGGAGGAGACUCAGACUGACCUCAACAGACAGAUAUCCAGCCUGGAGCAGCGUCUGCUGAGAGAGAAGGCCCAGUCCAUGACAGAACUGGAGGUGGCUGAGAGGAAGCUCCACCAGGCGUGUAGCGACAUGGAGACCAAGACAGCAGAAGUCACACAACAGACACAGACUCUCAGGGAGUUGAAAGAAGAGAAUCGCCAUCUAACAAGUGAUCUGUCUUCGCUGGAACACCAGCUUCAAGAGACUCAGACAGAGACGGAACAGACAGUAACACGUUGUGCUAAGCUGGAGAAGGACAACCGCGAUCUGCGGGUGCAGCUGGAGCAGAAGAUGGAAAUAGUGGCAGACAUGGAAGACCAGAUGACCAGCAGGUCCGAGGAUGCCCAGCAACAGAUGCAGCUUGUCACGGAACUGGAGGAGGAGAUUAACAGCCUGAAGGGAUCUCUGAAGGAGAGCAAAGCAGAGGUGGUCAAAGUAGAUGACCAGCUCCAGAGGUCAAAGUUUGAGGUCAAGGCUAAGGAUGACAUGUUGGAGGACCUCAGGGAUGCUUUGAAGAAGACCCAGGAGGAGUUGGGGAUGAUGAGUGAGGAGAAUGAGGAGAUGAAGGAGUCGCUAGACACCAGACAGGUGGAGCUCAACGAGAGGGUGGCACAGGUGACGAGAUUGGACCAAACAAUCAAGGAGACGCACACGGAGAUGGAGCAGCGGAUGCUGAAGCUGGACGAAACACUCCAGAAAUAUCAGACGGAGAUACAAGAGAGGACGCGGCAGAUUGCCAACCUGGACGACGCACUGCAGCAGAGUCAGUCUCAGCUGCGAGAGAAGACGCUGCAGUUCCAGCAGUCGGAGCAGCUGCUGCAGCGACACACCAUGGAGCUGCAGGCCGCUACAGUUAAACUGCAGGAACUACAGAAGGUGACAGAGAGGCAGCAGCACCGUCUGGAAGAUCAGAAGGAGGAGAACGUGGACAUCACACAGGAACUACGACUCACCAGGGAGCAGCUGCAGCAACAACAUGGAGAGUUUAUGGAGACAAGACGAGAAUUGGCCCAGUCACACCGAGAACAGGAUCGAUUUGCUCGGGAGUUAGAAGAGGCUGUCCUCCUAGCACAGAACAGAGACUCAGAGGUCACACGUCUUGAGGAGCAGCUGAAGGAAUGUCAAGGUCGGGAAAGUCAAACAGAGGCUAGAUAUAUGUCUGAAGUUGAGACAUUGAAGGAGGAAAUUGAAGCCUUACAACAGAAACACCAGGAAGAGUUGGCGAGUUGCCAUGACAGCCAGCAGGAGCGCCAGUCAAACUACACACAGCUUGAAGGUCAGCUGAAGGUUGCCCAGCAACAGCUCUUGCAGCAGGAGGACCAAAACAAGGAGGCGCUGGAGAAGGUCAAGGACGACCUGGAUUGUCUGCAAAAUGAGCUUAUCGCCAGGAAGGAGGUCAUCGAUACAGCCAACGAGACCAUUAUACUCAAGGAGUCAGAGAUUGCAAGACUCCAGGCAAGGGUGUCUGGGUUCGAGAGGGCAGCACUGGCCCAGAUGCAAUCUGGGAAGAGUUUUCUUCACCAACCACUGGUUGAAACCGGUCACAGAAUGCUUCCAUCUGGUGGUAAAGUCAUGCAGCCAAUGAAUGGACACCAUGCCGAUCAACUCAUACCACAGAAAAUGACAGUGAUUCCAGAAAAUGCAUUUGUGAACAAUUCUGUCCCAGCUGAUGAAUCUCAAGGUUAUCGUCAAGUUAAAGCUGUUCAUGGUUCCUCGGUUAUGUUUGAUACCUUACAGUUCCAGAACGGAACCGGACAUUCCAAUGGCACCGACUCCAAUGUGUUUCAAGGACUGUAUUUGGAGGCAGUGACUGGACAGAUGGUGUCAUCCCAGAAUUCCUUUAACGGAGCUGUUCGGACGUUAAAUUUUGAUAAUAUUUCAGAAAAUGAUGCCAACAUCACAGGCCAAAAUUAUCGAGGAAAUAAUAAGCCAUCAGUGAUUCAGCAGAAAGGGCGAAAACAGAUGGGAGACUUUCCUGUUGUUCAUGAUGACCCUGUGACGGUGGUGGGGAUGUACGACCAUGACGGUGGGGACGAGGACUCGGAGGCGGACACCACGGGGCCAGACCCAGAACAAUGUAUGCUGGAGCUGCAGGAGAGGUUGAGGUCCAAUGAGCUGAGACAGCAGGCAAUAGAGCAACAGCUACUCAACAUGGACGAUGAUGAUACAUUGGAGGAAGACAGUAACUGCUAGCUGACACGGUGUCUGAUGAUGUAUCUGUCUGACACAGGACUUCCUGUCUGAAGAUGUAUCUGUCUGACAUAGGACUUCCUGUCUGAAGAUGUAUCUGUCUGACAUGUGACUUCCUGUCUGAAGAUGUAUCUGUCUGACAUGUGACUUCCUGUCUGAAGAUGUAUCUGUCUGACAUGUGACUUCCUGUCUGAUGAUGUAUC